CUGCAGGGUGGGAAGCGGUGGAUUCUGCUCCUGAGUUGAGCCGUUUCGGAUGAGAUUUCUCUCCGUAUUGUAACUUACAACAAAAGACAACAGCAGGAACAUCUUCGUUGAUUUCAGCUUCAUAAUGGACAACGUUGCAGUUUCAAGACGUAACCACGUCUAUAAGAAAGGAAACAAGGAAAACACUCAGCCUGCACUUGGAAGCAAGUCCUUAAUAGGAAGAGAUAAAACGUCUGUUAAUCCCUUCCAACUGACAAACAACAAAAAAGAGGAAACCGUGGCAAAAAAUGGUCUUCUUAAAGCCAAGGUGGACACAAGGUCAGCGUCUGGUGAGGCUCUGAAAGGGGUGCAGAAAGAUGGGAAAGGAGCUGCUGCUGCUGAUGUCAAACUACGACAAACACAUAGCCGGGCCUUCCUCACCGAACAGGCUGUGAGACACAAAAAAAUAGUUGCAGAAGCUCCAAAGCCACCAGCUGCUGCGCCGUCCUCAAAGUCUGCUCCCGGCAUGUACAAAGGCAAGAUUGUCCAGUCAAAAAUUGGUUCCAUUUGGAAGGCGACUGCCGCCGUGGGCGAGGCAGAUCCCAAAACAGAGGGUCAAAGGGUCGGGCAUGUGCCGAAAAGCCGGUCCAAAUCUGUUGUUGACCUGCCCAAGUACAGCACACAGAAACCUGCGCCGACAAGGUCCAAGUCGGUGAUGGAUAGACCUGCUCAGGUGUCCAAGCCUGCAGUCAACAGCCGUCCUCCUGCUGGGUUCCGCUCUGCUCGUCCUCCUACCAGGACCAUCCCAGCAACACUCGCCAGUACCAGCUCCAGAAACACUAAAGCAGCUCCCACCAAGGGAAGUGGGACUCAGAAGUCAAAGCCAAAGGUUCCAGUGACAGACACAAAGGUCAACAAACCUCCUGUCACAAGUUCCCUCAGUCAGUACAGACUCACCAUGGAGACUGCUGAGGAAAGGAGAGCGAAACUGGCCGAUUGGCUCGCCUCCAAGGGCAAGAGUUUCAAAAGACCGGCCCUGACGACAGCAGAACCCUCUAGAACCAAAGUCUCUGCAAAACCUGAAGCUGUUUUCGAUCCACAACGUCAGUCUCAUGUUGGAGCUCAGCCAGCCGCACAGCACAACCCUGAACCUGAACCCAGACUGGAAGCCCACAAGCCAGACUCUGCUGCUGCUACUACUGCUGCUCACUGUGCAGACACCCAGGGAGCAGCGUUGACAACGCACGGCCGAACUCCAGUCAUCAUGAACACCAGUCUGGACCUGCUGGAAAUCUCUGAUGUUGACCCACAGGACAGCGUGCAUGAUAUUGUUGUGAACCUGUGUGACAUUUUGGAGGCCAUGGCGACGCCCUCUAGAUGUGAUGAGCUUUCUCAGGCGACAGAUGUGUGCAGUGAAAUGGAGGACAGCAAACCAAAGUAUGAAUGUAAAGAAGAGGAGCUGAAGAAGGAAAUGCCUGAUGAUGUUGGCAAGCAGCAAAAGGUUGAGCAAGUAAAGGAUGGAGCAGAAGAAAGUGAUGACCAGAAAGUGGAGACGGAUGAGGAAGUAGAAAGUGAUGAGGUGUGUGUGAUGGAGACCACGCCACCAAUGGAGGAUGCUUCAGUAAUUAAGUACAGCGUAAGGACUACGCCAUACCUGCAAAGUGUCAAGAAGACAAUCGAAGAGGAGGCCAGCACGCAUAGCUCCAGGAGAAAGGGCAACAUCAAAGAUCUGAAGUUUCUGACACCGGUGCGCCGUUCCUGCCGCAUCGAGCGAAAAUCCUCCCGCCUGCCGGCGAUGCUGGUCGAUCCUGAUCCCUGCGUGUCGUCGCUGGCUGAGCUGUUGAAGCUGGACGAUGAUCCCAAUGCCUACAUCUACAGAAAAAACCAUGCACUUGUGGAAGAUCUGCCAGACCAGAGCAGACUGUGAGGAGCUCUGGAAAUGUGAUGUUUUAAAAAAUAUAUAUAUUGGACUGGUUCUAAUGGACACUUUAUACUGAUACUUCUAAAAUGAUCUUUACUAAUAAUUAAAGUGAAUUUUUAUUGCUGUUUUCAGAUUGGGAGGAAAACAUUAUUCUUCUCUAGUUAUUCUUUAC